CAAAAAAUAUACAUUGUUAGUUUUAGAUUUAUUUGGUAAUAUGGGUGCUUUUCCAUCAUCCGAACAUGACUACUAUGAACUUCUGCACAAUCAGCGUCCACAGCAACAGCCGCAACAUCAUUAUCCACACCAGCAGGGGAAACAACAAGUACAACAACCACACCAAGUUUCUUCCCUAUCUACUCCUAAAUUGUUAGACUAUUUGAAUAAAGAACUUAUGUCAAUCGUUGAUAUUAUUCGAAACAUGAAGAAAGAGAAAAUGUUUGAUGAUGGUGGAAGGAGUUACAUCUGUGAAGUAAUGGCUGAGAAGGAAAGUUUGUUACGAAAAUUCAAUAUCGACAUGGACCCUGCGAAAAGAUCAGUCAUCGAUAAAGAGGUACAACGACUUAGACAAAAAGUAAUGGAUUUGCAAGAAGAAAACAGUCGUUUGGAAGUAGAAAAGAAAUACAUUGACGGACUUCUUACCUCCUCCAUGAGACAACAGAAUACAAAAUCAAGCAAUCAUGACAGGCCAGCGAGUAGUGGGUUUAAUGAAACUAUAACAAGACGCAAAGAAAACAAAGGCACACUGCAAAGUUGCAGUGACAUUUAUCAGCAAGAUAACAUAAGAGAGUUGCAACAAAAGCUGAGUGUCUCUGCAAGAGAUCUGGAAGAAGAAAGAGCAGCCAGAGCAAAGGCCGUAUUGUAUAUUGAUCAUCUAAAGCAGCAACUGGGAGAAGUAAAGACGGAGAAAAAUGCUUUACAGAUGAGGCUCAGUAAAAUGGCAGGAGAUAGACUUAUUCGAGAUAAUCCAGCAAUAGCAGAUCUCAGUGAUCCCAAUAGACCAACAAAGAUCGGGGAGAUGUAUAGCGAAAUAUACGACAACGAAUGGACAGAUGCCUUUGAAGCGUUAAGAGACUCAGGAUAUCAAGAAGAAGAUGUGAUUGAGACUCUUCGUUUGACAUUAAUGAAUGUUUUCCAGUUUUGUAGCAGAAAGGCGGAAUCACUUCUAAAGAAAACAGAGGAAGCCGUUAAUAUUUUAUUUGAAGAAUACAAAGCAAAUGAGCUAAAGAAAGACAUGAGACAUUUAACAAUGCCAAGGAACCUUUCCGAGCAAUGGGGUAAAUUAGUCCGUCGGGCUUCUUUUACUGAUGAUCUUGGAACUAUAGCUUUACAGGACAAAUGGAAGCCAAAGACCGAAGGAUAUCAAGGACAAAUAUAUAACAAAACUACAGUAAAGACUGACAUAUCUGAAGUUAAAGUCGUUGACCAGCUGAAGAAAUUCAGGAAAGAAGUUGCUGAAUCUAUGGUUCCAGUUGUAGAAAAGGCAUACAUGUCAGCAAGCUGGAACGACAAACAUGUUCAUGCCCUAAAACCGUUCAUCCGGAAAUGCAUACUUCUUGGAUGGAUGAUGGUGGUGCAAUCACCACCGAUGACCUUAGCAGAGUGCAGAACAGGUGAACAAUUAAAAAAGGAAGCGUACAAGGAGUACACAAAAAGUGGAAGUGUAAUUGACUAUGUGGUUUGGCCAGCCCUCCUGCUGCAUCAAGGAGGCCCAGUCGUCGGAAAAGGCGUUGCACAAGCAAAAAAAACUUAAUUAGCUUUAGAGAAGCUGAAAGAACAUUUAUACGUUGACUACGAAAAAAAUGAACUUAUGCUAUAAUUGUUUCUUUAAUGCAUGUGUGUUUAUUUGACGAGUAACUAAAUGUCGUAUUAAGGAGGGUAUUACUAAUUAUUUCUGAGUGUCGGUAGAUCGGAUAUCUUAAUGUGUAAAGGCAUUAACCAGCGUAUUAGGAACAUUAAAAUGUGAACAAUCUGAUUUUGGUAUGUUACAUUUAUUCAUUUUGCUUUGGUACAUCCGCAUUUUGCAAACAAAUGCAAGAAAUGUAAUCACAAUAUUCUGCGUAUUUUAUUUGUUGUGGCUCGCUUCAAAAAUUUAUCAUUCUGUUAUUAUCAGUUUCUAGGAGCUAACAUCAAUGUUAUGUUAAAUUGUUCAGUGAGUUUCAUUUGACAUCACGAACAUGAGAUAAAGAGUAAGUUUCGGCACUCACCAUUUUCCGGUUAAAACUCCCCAUGGUUCUUUGUGUUAUUGUCAAACUUUUUAUGUGAUGUAAAUGUCAGUCAUUUACACAUUCAUACAUACACUGUAUGGUUUCACUCAAGGUUAUUUUAUUAUUGAAUAUUUGUGGUAGUUUUUAAUCUUGUUAGAAAAAUGCUAGUAGGCAUGAGGGUGUUUAAUACAUUUCGACAGAUGAAGAACACAUCACUUACAAAGUCAAGUCAAGUCAAGUCAAGACCAAUGAACCUGUUCUAAAUGAUUUAAUUCAAGGUAAGUUAUAACACACCAGAUACAUAGCUUCAUGUGGUUUUGUCUUACUGUAUGUCAUAUAUUCGCUACGUCUAGGCGGAAGAUCGGGAGAACGAAAGGACUGACAGAUGGAGAAAGAAAAAUCUAUAUACUCCGACGAUUUUGGGUACUCAAAGCUUGAAUUGUAUUUUUAGGCAUCGGCAUAAUUAUAGUAGAGAAAUUUUAUAUAGUUAUCUAUAGAUAAAUAUAUCAGUAGAUCAUUUGGAAGAAUAGAAUGCAACAAAAAGUAAUAGACUUGGUAUAAAUGAAUUAGACGUAGUACUAGAUCAAUAAAUGACACAAAAAUUAAUCCUAUCCUGCUUUUAUCUGUACACCUGCGUGACACAAGUUAAUAGGCAUAAUGAAGUAAAUGUAUUGUUAAAAACUUAGUGAUAAUUCAUUUCAUUGUAAUGUCAAUUUUCAUGAUAAAUGCUGAAGAGCUUUUCUUGUUUUUAUAUAUAAUGUGUGAUGUGGUACAAAUAACUUUAUAACUAAAUUUAUUUUAUUUGACUUAAAACAUUUUCUGAUGUCACACAAUAAUCAUGUAUUUGACAUCUUUUUUACAUUGAGAUAAGUUCUUCUCUCAAUAAUCCAGGUAUAAUUGGGGAUUAAAUAUUUAUCAAUAACUUAAUAGGUAAGACUGUCUGCAAGAGCAGCUACAUGGAAAUAAAAUAAGAAGUUUAAGAAAAUCUUAAAUAAAAUGCUUCAAAAUGACCAAAUCAAGACUUAAAUAUUGUACGAGCCCCUCGUAUUCAGUCUUAAAUGUUACAUAUCAGCAACCAGUAUUAUUUUUUUUUAAAAUUGAUUUUCAUAAUCUAAAAUUUUAGGUACUAUCUCUAAAUGAAUCCCAUCAUCACAGAUUCAGAAAAGUGAAAAACUAUAUUAUAAAUGAACAUUGAUCAAUGAUCCCAAAGGACUAGACAUUAUAAAAACACUGUGCCUCAAUCUGAAUCGGACGUUUUUUUUUACCGCAAAACUUUUCUAUAGAACUGUGACAAUUACUAAAUUGAUUACCUACCGAUUUAUUUUUUGGCCAGUUUUAAUAUUUGUAUUGUGCCGUAUGAAUUUAUAAAAUGAAGAGAUAACGUUUCUUCUUGCUAAAUGAAAUUCAAUACCUAUACCUGUACCAAUACUGAAUCUGAAGAUUUUUCGGGUAAUAAUGAUUUUAAUAAUUUUGACAAUGCAGAUAUUGUUUUAGAUAGAGCUAUUACUGUUGAAGAAAUUUUAGAAGCAGUUAAAACUUUAAAACCCAAUAAAGCACCGGGGAAUGAUUGUUUAUUGAAUGAAUAUUUUAUUGAAUGUAUCGAUAUUUUAUCUUCGCACAUUUGUGAUAUAUUUAAUUGUGUACUGAAUAGUGGUUAUUUUCCAGAGAAAUGGACUGAAGGUGUUUUAGUUCCUUUGCAUAAAAAGGGAGAUAAAAAUGAUGUAAACAAUUAUAGAGGUAUAACAUUAGUUAGUUGUUUGUCAAAAUUAUUUACGUCUAUUUUAAAUAAAAGAAUUGUCAAUUAUUGUGAAGAAAAUUCUGUCUUAUCAGAUGCCCAGUAUGGUUUUAGAAAGGGAAAGUCUACGAUAGAUGCAUUAUUUGUGUUAAUGACUAUGGUGCAGAAUUACAUUAAUAAUAAUAAACGUUUGUAUUGUGUUUUUGUCGAUUUUAAAAAGGCAUUUGAUUGUAUAUAUAGAAAUGCACUGUGGCUAAAGUUAUUUAAGUUUGGUAUUAGAGGCAAAUUAUUACGUAUUGUUAAAGAUAUGUACAACAAAGUUAAAUCAUGCGUAAAGCUAUGUAAUAGCUAUUCUGAUUUCUUUGAAUAUGCCGUUGGCCUACGUCAAGGGGAGGUAAUUUCUCCUAUCUUAUUUUCUCUUUUCAUAGAUGAUUUUGAGCUGUUCUUGCAACAAGACAUUAAUUGUGGUCUGACUAUAAAUGACAUAGUACUUAUACUUCUGUUAUUUGCCGAUGAUAUGGUAAUUUUGGGGAAAUCGCCUGCAGAAAUUAAUAAAAGCUUAACACUUUUAGAACAAUAUUGUAAGAAGUGGAGUUUAGAUGUAAAUAUAGAUAAAACCAAAGUUGUUGUUUUUAGAAAAAGAGGCGGUUUGAAGCAAAAUGAACAAUUUGUAUAUGAUGGUAAAUAUCUUGAAGUUGUAAAUGAUUUUAAUUACCUUGGAACUGUUUUUAAUUAUACUGGAAGUUUUACCUUAAAUCAAGAACAACUUAUUGGAAAGGCGACAAAAGCUCUCAAUGUGUUAUUACUUAAUUGCAAUAGAUAUCAACUUAAGCCAAAAAUCUUAUGUCAGCUUUUUGAUUCAUUUGUUGGAUCAAUAUUAAGCUAUGCUGCUGAAAUAUGGGGUAAUAGUAAGUCAAAAGAAAUAGAAAGAGUCCAUCUCAAAUUUUGUAAAAAGAUACUUAAUGUUAAACAAAAUACAUGUAAUACUGCUGUAUACGGGGAACUUGCACGUUACCCUUUGUAUAUAUCAAGAUAUGUAAAAAUCGUUAAAUACUGGUUUAAAUUGUUAGCGACUGAUAAUGUUAUUUUAAAAGAAGUUUAUAACAUUGCAUUUGCUGAUUGUAGUCUUGGAAAGAAAAAUUGGCUGUCAAAUAUUAAAAGUUUACUUUGUAACUACGGUUUUAAUUAUGUGUGGGAAUAUCCCGAAUCUGUAAACGAUAAAGUUUUUGUACCUUUAUUUAAGAAAAGAGUUAUAGACUGUUUUAUACAAAACUGGCAUAAUGAUAAAGAGAACAGUGCUGUAUUGAAUUUAUACAACCAUGUAAAAGAUUCAUUUAUAUACGAUAGUUACCUUGAUAUACUGCCAAGUAAUCUAAGAAUAUAUCUUACUAAAAUUAGAGUAUCAUCUCAUUCGCUACAUGUUCAAACUGGCAGAUAUGGUGUAAAUAGAACUGUUAGAGGUGAACGAUACUGUACAUACUGUAAUCUCCAUGACGUUGAGGACGAGUAUCAUUUUAUUUUAAUAUGUCCAUGUUACACUGAUAUAAGAAAAAAAUAUAUAAAACGAUGUUAUUACAUAAGACCCAGUAUGUAUAAGUUUAUUGAGAUGUUAAAGACAGAAAAUAGAAAUAUGUUAAUUAAUCUAUGUCUAUAUCUUAGAACUGCAUUGUCACAUAGAUUAUCUUUAUCAACAAUUAUUACAGAAUAAUUCAUCCUCUGUAUCUGUUAAAUGUGAACAUCCUGUAUAACUUCGAUCAUUGUGAUUUUAUUUAUUCAUGUUUUAUUAUGUUCAAUGUAUAUUUGACGAUGUACACAUGUACAAGUCUGAAUAAAUUAUCUGUUCUGUUC